UUCUCUCUAUACUUACUAACAUCAACUUGACUCUUCUACUAAAAUUUAAUUUCCCGAUAACCCUCCAACAAUAACCGACAUCAUGUCUUUCCUCUUUGGCGGCCCUCCCAAAAUGUCCUCGGCAGAGAAGAUUGCUGCCGCUGAGACCGAAGUUGAGAUGAUUUCGGACAUGUUCAACCGUCUCACCGAGUCCUGCACCAAGAAGUGCAUUCCCAACGACUACCGUGAAGGCGACCUGAACAAGGGCGAGUCCGUCUGCCUUGACCGCUGCGUGUCCAAGUUCUUCGAAGUCAACAUCAAGGUUAGCGAGAAGAUGCAGGGCGAAGCUGCCAACAAGCAGGGCGGUGGUAUGGGAUUCGGCAUGUAAAUGGACGAGAAACCGGUUGCCUUAUGAACAAAGCUCCCUCUUAAAUCAUAGUUCAUGUUCUUUUUACGCUCGACUUUGCCUUUAUGUUGCUCGUGUCAGGCGCGGAUCUUACCUUGGGUUCAGAAAUCAUCUUUUGCCGAGAAGCGUUGCAUUUGGGUUGGCUCUCGAAAUUAUCAAUCUCCGGGGCGCUCAAUGCCGGCUGGUUAUGACCACGGUCUGCUAUGAGUGCCAGGAUGGUGGAAACGUUUGGGUCUUGGUUCUGGUUCUGCGCAUGGCAUGGUUAAUCGAAUGUUUUUCAUAUUAUGUACAAUAGAAGUGAAUAUAAAAUAUCACAGUAUUACAUUACAGG